GGCCGGCCCCGCUCGGGGCGGGGUCUCCCAACUUUCGGCGGCGGCCGCGGGGCCCGGCCCGCCGGCGGCAUGAGCCCUGCGGCGGGGCGGGGGGGCGGCAGCGCCGGGCAGGGCGAGCCCCCGCCGCCAUGCCCAAGGAGCGGCCGCUCUGGCGGGGCCCGGCCUUCCGCCUCUGCCUGCUGUCGGCCGUGCUCUUCCUCUGCCUGCAGCUGGGCAUGAGGCGCUCCUGGUGCCCGGAGGAGAAGCCCCGGGCGCCAGCGGCGGCGGGGCGGGCGCCCCCCCCGGCCCGCGGCACGGAGCAGCACCCGGGCGCGGCGGCGGCGGGCAGGCGGCGGGUCACCUACGUGCGGAGCGGCCGGCGGGGGAGCGCCGCGCCCGGCUGCUGCCCCCUGCAGCCCCCGGGCGGCCGCCGCAGGAAGACUGUAAGAUGGCACAUUGAACUACAGCCAUGGGCAAGUCAGACUCCUUCCCUCAACUACGAGGCCUUGAGGUUCUUGAAGUACAUUAGCACUUCUCAGAUUUCAUGUGAACGCAUGAACCUGAACAGCCUGAGAGAGUACUCUGAAACCACAAAGAAGCCCUGGUCGAUCUGUCUUGAUGAGAGGUUUAGCCUCAUUCAUAGAAUUAGAAGCAAGCAAUGCCGUCUCUAUUCCCUUGGGCUAGGCAAUGAUGACAACCAGUUUGAGAUCAGCAUGGCCAACAGUGGAUGUGAGGUUCAUCGAUUUGACCCCAGCAUCAAGUCAGCACACAUUCAGGAGGGUCGGCACCUCUGGUAUCAUCGCCUGUCCAUUGACUGGAGGGAUCCCAAUCCAGCCAUUGCUGCUCAUAAACUUCACAGCAACACGAAGAAGCUGGGCACAAUACUGAAUGAAUUUGGGCAUCAGAAGAUUGAUGUCCUCAAGGCAGAUGUGGAAAGUGCUGAGUGGAAAAUUUUGGAAAACCUGAUCCUGGAAGAUGUCGUUGAGCAGAUAGGACAGCUGGUCUUUGAGGUGCACAUCCACUGGCCUGGGUUUGAGGUCAGUGGCAAUGACAGCACCGUGGUGCGGUACUGGUACAGUCUGCUCCGAGAACUGGAGCUGAAGGACUUUAAGCUUUUCCAUACCUACAAAGACUUAUCAAAACCACAGAUGUUUCUGAAAAAGGAAGCCUUCAACGCCAGUAGCUGUUACACACUGAGCUGGGUAAAUACAAGAUGGACAUAGCAGAAAGGAAUUUAUGAUGUGUGACUGGGAGCCAUCUGGCCCCGUAGCGUUAUUGAAGAGGACUUGGGCAUCGCUGGCUAAAGUUGCUAAAUAUGCACACAUUGACUGCUUAAAAAAUGGACUGGCUUUUAUUUUUAUACGUUGUCAAAAGAACGGGCACUAGGAGAAGGUAUGUGGUGCAAAUUUGUCUAGCGGUAUAUUUGCCGGUGGGUACCCUGUCUCAGAGGACAGAGGUUUCUGUAAAGGUUUGUCUCGGAGGCUAACGGCAUGGCUAUCCCGGGCUGCCCCGUGCCCGAGCAUCCCUCUGGGGCUGCGGCAGGAAGCUCUGCUCACUGACCUGCGCUGGCCCUCGGGCAGGAGGCUGCUCAUGAGGAAGCGCCUUUCUCAGGAAGGGUCAGGUGUUACUUCUCUGUGAGGCAAUCAUCUUUGAUUUGCACCUUCUUUACCUUGGCCUUGUUUCCUGUGGAACAAAUUUUAGGCAAGAACAGUACGUUCUUGAACCCACUGGCAAAUUUCAGCUGAAUUUGGCAGAGGCAGAAACGGCCACCAAACUAAAUUCAAACCUGUUUUGCUGAGCAGCUUCUGAGUGCUCUUUAAGGCAGUCUGGCUGCGGGGAAAGCGAGUUCAGCACUUCUGACACAGGAGAUGGUGCAACAGAGGGACUCAGCUGCUGGAAAAGCUGCUGUCAGCACUCGCCCUCCUCACCCUCCGGAGGCUUCAGCUACAGAAGUCAGGGCUUCCCUGGUUCCUCUGCUCAAAGAAUGGCUUGGUUUAGGUCACUCUUGCAAUGGCUGUAGCAAAUGGUUUUUCAUCUAGUGAAAUACUUAUCUAAAAGAGCUGAAAGUGAAGCCUGGUCUUUUUCAUUUGCUUGUUUUGGGGUUUAGUUGAACAUUUUGCAGCUCCAGCACUGCUCCUGGACACCUGCUAUCUCCUGACUACCUUCCUGACACAAGGAGGCCAGACCUUGGGUCUGCACCGAUGCUGGCAGAGGCGGCUGGCGCAGGCAGCUGCCCUGAUCUGUGGCCAUGCUGGUGCUCUGCAGGAUGGCGUGUGGGUUGUCUGCAGUAGCCUUGGCUGUUCCCUGAGGAGCUAAGGAAUAGGGGCAGCAAAAAAAUACGUAGCAGGUUGGGCUUUUUCUUCUCUUUAAAAGAAUUUUGACAUUAAACUUUGCAUUAAAAUACAAGAUGACACCA